GGCUUCCCUGUCUUCUCUAUUGCGCCUCAAGCAAGGGGAGAGGACUUUCUAUCAAACCAACUCCUUGCAUGCAUUACUCAAAGUUCGCAGUUGUCUAAAUAGACACUAUUUUGCUCAAAGCAUGUUUUUACCCUUUAGUGGAUGUACUUUACUGUAUUUAUACUUGGGAUAUCACUUUUCAACAGGAAAUGAUGAAAACUCACUAGAGGAUGUCUUUAACCAGUAGACAAGAACUACAUUUCCCAUGAAUCACGGGUCUCCAUUUCGAGAACUGGCAGAGGGCAGAAUUGUCAUUGCAUCUCGUGGAACAACAAACCAGCAGCAGAAGGCAGCACCAUGUUUACAGAGGUUCUGUUAGCCCUGGUGGUGGGAGGAGUGAUCUACUUCCUGGUGCAGAGGAGUAAGAGGCAUCAGCUGAAGAGUGAGGAUGGCUGGUGGGGGGAGGGGACUCCCCCGGACAGGGAAGAAGAUGUCAGCAUUCGCCCCUACACAGUCCGGAUGGAUGACAAGGAGUUGGAGGACCUGUACAGGAGAAUAGACCAGACCCGAUCCUUCCCUUCUCUAGAGGACAGCCAGUUCAACUACGGCUUCAACUCCCACUAUCUGCAGAACGUGGUCUCCUACUGGAGACAUGAUUUUGACUGGAGGAGACAGGUGGAGAAACUGAACAAAUACCCACAUUACAAAACCAACAUCGAAGGCAUUGACGUCCACUACGUCCAUGUGCGGUCCAAGAACCUCCCUGAGGGCGUGACUGCUGUGCCUCUGCUCAUGGUGCACGGCUGGCCAGGCUCUUUCUACGAGUUCUACAGGAUGAUACCCCUCCUGACUGAACCCUCCAACCCAGACGACAUUGUAUUUGAGGUGGUGUGUCCCUCCAUCCCUGGGUACGGCUUCUCUGAGGCUCCACAUAAGAAAGGUUUUGACUCGGUGUGUGCGGCCCGUGUGUUCCACAAGCUGAUGAAGAGACUGGGUUUCCAACAGUUCUGUGCUCACGGAGGAGACUGGGGAUGGAUCAUCACCACCAACAUGGCCCAGCUGGAGCCCAAAAUAAUCAAAGGCUUGCAUCUCAACUUUGCUCCCCCCUCCAAGCCGGGCCUGCCCAUGGCUCUGUCUAUAAUGCUGGGCCGCUGUUUCCCCAAGAUGUUUGGCUUCAAUGAGCACGACAUCCAGCGCAUCUACCCCGUUGUGCAGAACCUAGUGGUGGAGUCUGUCAAGGAGUCAGGAUACAUGCACAUCCAGGCCACCAAGCCUGACACUGUGGGUCGAGGGUUGAAUGAUUCUCCAGUGGGUCUUGCUGCUUAUAUCUUGGAGAAGUUCUCCACCUGGACUGACCAUGACUUCAGGAACCUGGAUGAUGGAGGACUUACGGCACCUCUCUUGCCUUGCAGGAAGUUCAGUCUGGAUGACCUGCUGACCAACGUGAUGAUCUACUGGACAUCUGGCUGCAUCAUCUCCUCCAUGCGCUUCUACAAGGAGAACUUUAGCAAGGGUCUUGACCAGCCACAUUCAAACAUGCCAGUACACGUGCCCACUGGUUUUGCAUGCUUCCCCAACGAGCUGAUGCACACCCCCAAGCUGUGGGUGCAGCAGAUGUACCGCAAGCUGAAGACCUUUACACCCAUGGCCCAAGGAGGACACUUCGCUGCCAUGGAGGAGCCAGAACUCAUGGCCCAGGACAUCCAGAACUUCACCAAGACACAGGAGAAGAGGAAGAAGUGAUGCUUUAGUCCACACAUCUGCCUUUCCUGUUUACCAAACAGCACCAGUUGCUAGGUCAGCUAGCACUGGUGUUAUGAUAGCACUGAAAUGUGCCAGAAGUUACUUGAUAAACCCAUAGCGAGAGAGAGAGACCUCUGCCAUAGCUGGCUUUUUUACAACCAUUGGCAUAUAAUACUAGCCUAGUCUGAAUUGACUAGAAUUGAAAUGGAAUUGACCCCAACCCUGGGCUUUACUGUAUUAUA